AUGAAGCUAUUGGUUUCAUAUCCGGCCACCGGCCAAAAUAAAGUGAUCGACAUCGAGGAUGAGAAGAAAAUCCGGCCAUUCUACGAGAAGCGCAUGGCGCAAGAAGUUGAGGCUGACGCUUUGGGAGACGAGUGGAAGGGCUACGUUGUCCGCAUCUCGGGAGGAAAUGACAAACAAGGAUUCCCAAUGAUGCAAGGAGUUCUCACCAACGGGCGUGUUCGACUUCUCCUCAAGAAGGGCCAGAAGUGCUACCGCCAACGCCGGACUGGAGAGCGCAAGAGAAAAUCGGUCCGUGGAUGCAUCGUUGACCAGAACCUCUCCAUCCUCAACCUUGUCGUCGUCAAGAAAGGUGAGCAAGAUAUCGAGGGACUCACCGACACCGUCAUUCCACGUGUGAAAGGACCAAAGAGGGCCACCAAGAUCAGAAAGCUCUUCAACCUUGACAAAGAAGACGAUGUUCGCAAAUAUGUUAUUCGCCACGACAAAGUUCUUAAAAAUGGAAAGACUCGCUCAAUUGCUCCCAAGAUUCAACGCCUCGUUACUCCACGUGUCCUUCAACAUCGCCGCCAAAUCAAGGCUCGCAGAGUGAAGACCCAACAACGUGAGAAGGAAGCACGUACCGCUUACUCCGUGGUUCUUGCCAAGUUCCGCGCCGAGCAAAAGGAACGCAGAAAGUCGGGAAGCAGGUCCUCUUUGUCGAAGAAA